CACUCAGGAAAUAAAAGAAGAAGGGUAUGCAACAAGUUUACGCAUGGUUUCUUUGGCUGUAUCAACACUGUUUAUCUCUUCUCCAAACUUGCAGUGAGACAGUUCAACAAGUUUUCAAUCUUUUUUUCCAGAAAAAAAAAUAAGAAAAAGAAAUAUCUGAAAAAAAUUCUUUUGUGUGCUUUGUUUUUUCAUUUGUUUAUGAUCUUUAAAAGUACAAUUUAUCUCUAAAUUUCAUUCCACAUAUAAAAGAUAUAUCUAUUUAUGUAUUUUCCCACUUUCGUUAUCCUUAACAAAUAAUAUAUUUUUCCAACAUGUCUAGACUAUUUUUUUAAAAAUUUUAAGGUCGUAGAUCUAAAUCCAAAUCUUUCAACUAAAAUUUCCUUUUCUUCGUUUCUAUCUUUGUUUGAUCUGUUGUGUUGUUGUCUUAAGUAUUUUUGAAAUUUUUAGUUCAAAUUUAGGUUCUUUAGAUGUAUACUAAAAUACCCAUUUCUCAAAUCUCUAGGAAUCUCACUUUUUAACUUAAAAUUUUCUUCCAUUUUCAUGUAAUUUUAGUUUCUGGGUAGGUUUCCUCUUCCAUGUUUCUUACUUAAUUUAGGGUUUUCUUGGAAAAAAAAAAAUUCCUUUCUUUUUUCUACUCAUGGAUUACAGUAGAGAGAACGUAGUUCAUGUAAUUCCGACAAAUGAUAAUUGGGUCCCGAAUUCAAGUGACCCAUCAGUUUGGGCAACAGAAGAAGAUUAUCGUGUUUGGAACAACCAAGAAACCUCCGCCGACACGCUUCUUUCCAAUUCCGACCAGCCACCGAACAAGAAACCAAGAAAUUCCCAGGAUUUAAACACUAGGUCCAGAGCCAUAGGCAAGAUGUUCUUCAAGACCAAGCUUUGUUGCAAGUUCAAGGCCGGGACUUGUCCUUACAUUUCGAAUUGCAACUUCGCUCACAGCACCGAAGAGCUCCGCCGUCCACCUCCUAACUGGCAAGAAAUCGUGGCCGCACACGAAGAAGAGAAAGGGAUCCUGUCGGAGCCGAGGGAAGAAUUUCAAAUCCCAUCUUUAGGGUCUACCAGUUUCUCAGGAGAAACACAGAGGUCAUAUAAAGGAAGGCAUUGCAAGAAGUUCUAUUCGGAGGAAGGGUGUCCUUACGGUGAUAAUUGCACCUUUUUGCACGACGAGCAGUCCAAGAAUAGAGAGAGUGUAGCUAUAAGUUUGGGCCCCGGAGGAUAUGGUGGUGGUGGCGCCGGCGGAGGAGGAAGUGGCGGUGGUGGUGGGAAUGGAUCAAAUGCAAAGCCGUCUAAUUGGAAGACAAGGAUUUGUAAUAAGUGGGAACUUACUGGUUAUUGCCCUUUCGGAAAUAAAUGCCAUUUUGCUCAUGGAGCUGCAGAACUACACAGAUACAGAGGGGGCCUCGGUGAUGCAGAAAUUAAGGAUACUAAUGCUACCUUGUCCGACUCGAAGCAAGGUGGAGCAAUGCCUUUGAGAACUCCUUCAGACUCCGUGGUGGCAUCAGUUCCCCAACUUCCGGUUUCAGACGUUUACCACUCGCAAAGGACAUCGAUUGUACUCCAAAGGCCGGGGCAAAGAACUCUUCAGAAAUGGAAAGGUCCAGAUAAAAUCAGUCUUAUAUAUGGUGACUGGAUCGAUGAUAUUCAAUAAACUCAUUUCUUUCGAGUACCGUAACCCGGGACGGUAAACAGCCUUUCUUCGGGACAAUGAAUAGUCGAUAGGGUCGUGCACGUAGGCCUUGGGGGGUAAUCUUUUUUUCCUUUUUUUCUUUUGCUCAUUUCAUUUCGAAGUCUUUAAUGGAUCCUUUAGCUUAUGUACGAGGGAUUUUAUUGAAUGGCUGUAGACUUUGCCCUUGUUAUCAAAUACCCUUUUUAUUUCA